AUGCUUUCCUCUAUUGUUGUGAACCUCCGCCGCCUCUACGUUCUUGCUGAUUGUCGUAGUGAUUUAAGUCGCACUUCCGUUACAAGGACGGGGCAAUACAACUACAGACAACCGUCAAGUAGUUCCAUAAGGAGUGUGAGUUCAACUACUCAGCGUCGAGUAGGUAGAAGCAUUGGAUUUCCCAACGGUUGUUACUGCGCUUUGGUGUCAGUUAUCAAAACUUCCACUACAGCUAAGAAUCAUGGUCGAAGAUUCUAUGGUUGUCCUAACGAUGCGUGGUUGGAUGAGGCAAUAAUAGAAGAGUUUGAAGAGAUAAGGCUGGUGGUGGAACAACAAGCUAAUUUAAUUCGUUACUUCAAAAGUAAGGAGAGCCAGGCCAUACUGGAUUGUAUUGAUAAGCCACAUAUGGAAACGAUUAGGCGUUGCAUUCAGAAAACAGACAUAGAGCUAGCGCAAUUGAAGAAAGAUGAUUAUUGA